AUGAGGCUGUAUAUGGCAAGUGGCCAUGCUGCAGGUGUGCUGGUGACCUGGGUGGUUUCCAACCUUGCUCGAUGUUUAGAGCGUGAUCUAGCCCGCCAAUUUCAACGAACAAUGGAUGCAGAAACUAUACCAUCCAGUCAACAAACCACAGAACUAGAGCUACACAUCAGCCCAAUUCUCACAAAUGACAAUGUUGAUGAUGUGGCUUUUGUAGGGAAUGCACAUCAUACAAAUGUGUUUGAAGAAGCAUGGAACCAGAUAAAAUCUCAUUUAUCCUCUUCAGACUCAGAGAAGGAUAUGAGUUCAGAUGAGAUGGAUGUGGACAAUAAUGACAACACCAUGCAUGACAACAAAGACUCUAUGCAGAUACACUAUUCAGAUAUUGGAGGUCAAGUACAUUCUCCUGUCAUGAAGCUUGAAGAAGGGGGAGAACAUCCUGAUGAGGGUACAACAAGUUUGGAUCAUAGUCAAACUAACAUUAAACAUCUGGUAAAGUACACUGAUAUUCAUUACAUGCUUGAGCUGAUCCGUUGA